AUGCAACCCUCAAUCUUCAUCACUCUCGCUUGCGCCGCCUUCGUGGCAUCCUCGCCAAUGAACACCUACCCUAUCGAUCGACGCGCUGAUGGGGGCGAUAUUGCUAGUUGUGAAGUUGCGGCCUCCGCAGAACAGGUCGCGGGUAUUGACGCUUGUAAAGGUGACGCUGCCUGCAUUAUUGCUUGUACUGCCACUGCGGUUGGCAAGUACACUGCUUGUGCUGGUGUUUAA